AUGGGACUACGGACCACCGUGUCCACUGAACAGCUGGCCUUUUACAUCAUUCUAGUAGUGCUGGGGAUUCUGGGUAAUGCCACUGUCAUUCUGGUCAUUGGGAAGAGUGUUAUCACGGAUCGUAGUGUGGCUCAGAACUCAAACGUCAUCAUUAUAAACAUGGCAGUGUCCAACCUGAUGGUGUCCAUCAUGAGGAACGCACUGCUUGUCGUGUCAGACUUGGGGAUUGAGCUGUUUCUGUCCAGAGGUUUGUGUCAGUUCCUCAUGGGGGUCUGGGUGUGGCUGCGAUCAGUCAAUGUGUGGUCCACGUUCUACCUCAGCGUGUUCCACCUCCAGACUCUGAGGCGCGUGGCUCCUUCGGUUGGAAACCUUCAAGCUUCUCGAGGCGUUCCGAAGGCUCUGCUGCUCAACCUGCUUUCCAUUUGGCUCGUCAACCUUCUUUACUCCAUUCCUGCACAUAUCUUCUCCACUAAUGGCAAUGCAAACAGCACUGAGACCCUGAUGUUGAUCAGCAGCACAACACGCCCCCUGCUGGGCUGUGUGUGGAACUUCCCGUCCAGCUACAGCGGCCUGGCCUACGCCACCACGUCCAUGGUGAUCCAUGAAACCCUGCCUAUCGUCUUGAUGACCGGGACCAACCUGAGCUCCCUUUACACGCUUUACACUUACGGCAGGACCAGGAGCUCAGUUCAAGAUGCACCAGUCGUAAAGCGGGUACCAGCUGAGAGACGAGCUGCCAAGGUUAUUCUUAUUCUUGUGUUGCUUUUCAUUGCGUCCUGGGGAACCAGCGUUAUAUCUGUGAACUACUUCAACUACAACCGAGGCACCUCAUCCGAGUUCCUGCUGGUCAUCGCUCGCUUCGCCAACAUCAUCUUCAUCGCCUUGUCUCCUGCUGUUCUCGCAGUCGGCCAUCGUGGGCUGCGUUCUUGUAUCAAGUCAUCACUGACUUACUGACAAAACUGCCCGGCAACAGCACACCAGGACACAAAUAUUCACAACUAUUGACAUUUUUAAGACUCUAUAGGAAUAUGUAUGGAAAUUAACUCAAAGUUUUGAAUUUGUUCUCAUUGGAGGUUCUUAGUGUUCAUUUUGAACAUGAAAUAAAGAAAAGAUUAUAUUUUCUUUUUCUGCAUUUCUGUCAAUGUUAUUAUUUCUUAAGCCAAGGCUACCUCAGCGUGUUCCACCUCCAGACUCUGAGGCGCGUUGCUCCUUGGGUUGGAAAUCUUCAAGCUUCUCAAGGCUCCCAACUUAACAAUUGGAAGCCCCAAACCCCACUGGGGGCAAAUAAUGUUUGUUUGUUUUGUUUGGGGUUUUUGAUCCCAAACUGUUCAUUACAGGUACAGAAAACAUUUUUAAGAUGGAAAGGCGCAAUAAAUGACAAACUGGCAAUAUGGGGGGUAUCUGUUUUUAUUUUCCUAUUUUUAAACCUCCAACACAUCCCAAAGGUUUUCACCAUGGAGGCCAGCAGUGUUAAAAGGAACUGUGAGCGUGCAAUACUUUUACCAGCCACUCCACUGUACAGACCCUUACACGCUAGUUGUGUUAGCUAAUUGGGCUUUUUUCCAUUUUUUUUAGGCUAUUUUGAAGUUUAGCUAAAUUUUAGUGACAUGCUAGCUGUUUUGGCUAACCUAAGUUUUUUUUUUUGUUUGUUUGUUUUGUCUAAUUUGGCUAA